AUGGCCAACAUACUACUAAAGAACAAUAAUAAAUCAACCGUAGAAAAAGAGGUGCAACAUAGUGAUAUGAUCGGGCUGUUCGACAUAGGCCGCACUGAAUGGAAGUCGGAGGCUUCUGGAACAGAGAGAAGAAGGCAACUGAGUCCAGAUGAACUUGCCAAGGUCGCACUGGUGGCGGUGGCUCACCAGUGGUGGAACUUAGAAGAGAUCAAAUGUGGACUGACUCUCAGCUGGGGCGAUCAGCUCAAUGGAUCCAAAUUCCAACCCAAGGAUGUCCAUAAGAGCUACUCUUUCACAAUUCGUGUGACCGGUGAGACAAGCAUUGGGGACUUGCUUGCUCAGUUGCAAAAUACUGACACAAUUCUUCAAACCUCGUACUGGGCUGAUCCCCCGUGUGACCGGUGCGAUGUUAAAAUUGGCUUAGUGGUCGACGCAGAUGGAAAGGCUAUGGGAUCUCAACUCAUAUACAGCCGGUCUGAGAUAACUUCUACACAAGCUCAGAUUAUAGGUUCUACAGCUGCUCAUAUUAUUGCUGUCAUGAGAGGCGGUAGUCCUAAGCGUCUUAAGGAUAUUCCAAUCUUAUGUACUCAGGGCCGGACACAGAUUGCGAAAUGGAAUUCAGUGCCACCCACAUGCUCUAGCCAGUGCCUCCCGGAGCUUCUCGCCACUUGCUUCCAAAGCUACCGUGGUCAAACAAGCAUCCAAGCGUGGGAUGGAGAAUUCUCGUAUAGCCAAUUGGACAAUCUGUCCUCGACCUUAGCGGUAGCACUCCGAAACAACCUCCUUGUACGACCAAACAUUAUUCUACCUAUCUACAUGCAACGUUCUAUCUGGGACAUUGUCAACCUUCUAGGCGUAGUCCGGGCCGGAGGGGGAUUCCUCUUAAUUGAUGCCUCACUCCCACCAGUCCGUCUGCGUCACAUGGUAAGUAGCAUAAAGGCAAAAGCUGUGCUAACAAGCAGUGAAAAUGCCGACUUGUCCACAGAGUUUCCGGGUAAGGUUGUGGUGGUAGAUCGUGGAAACAUCACCACCAUUAUCGACAUGCCUGAGGAGCCAUCCAGCAUGCUUGUAGGCGAUACACCCGCGGUAAAAGGGAGUGAUAUUCUUUAUACAGUGUUCACCUCUGGAACAACGGGGACGCCAAAGGGUAUUGUUGUUGAACAGUCCUCAUUUGUCACUGCUGUGCUUGCACACUCGAAACGGUUCGCCCUAAGCACGAGCUCGCGAGUGUUACAUUUUGCGGCAUACACAUUUGACGUCAGCAUCUCGGAGAUUUUCAUGACACUUCUCUCCGGGGGUUGCUUGUGUGUCCCUUCGGAGUUUCAGCGUAUGAAUGCACUAGCCCCAAUGAUGCAGGACAUGGGUGUCAGCUGCGCCGUACUGACUCCCUCGGUGGCGCGGCUGCUCGAGCCAAGGAGCCUACCACGUCUGGAGACCCUUAUUCUGACUGGGGAGGCAUACACUACAUAUGAUGUGGAAAGGUGGCGCGAUUUUGUGCAGCUUGUGUGUGCAUAUGGCCCGGCAGAGUGCUCUGUCUUUUCGACCGUGCAGUCGGGAGUUAUUUCGGCUGGAAAUAUUGGUUAUGGUUGUGGUUGCCGAUGCUGGAUUGUGGAUAAAGAGAAUUUCAAUCGUCUGCUCCCCAUUGGAGCUAUCGGAGAGCUCUUGAUUGAGGGACCGAUAGUGGCACGGGGCUACCUUAGCCAAAGCAAGGCAGAUACCUCGAAUGCCUUCUUGAAUGCGGAGGAUGCUCCAAGUUGGUGUAGUUGGUUCCCCUCUACGACCUGCAACCGAUUCUAUCGAACAGGGGACCUUGUUCGGUAUGAAGACGAUGGCUCUAUCUUGUACUUAGGUAGAAACGACUCACAAAUCAAGAUUCAUGGCCAACGUGUCGAUCUACGGGAAAUCGAGGGUCAGCUACUCCAAUGUUUUCAGGGCCUUACCGCAACCAUCGUGGACAUGGUUAUCCGGCCUCAGAACCACAACGAACAGCAGUCUGCUUUAGUUGCUUUUUUGUAUUUAGAGGAGGAAGGAAUGCCAAAGGCGGGGAAACGAAACAUCCCAAAGCACACUGACGACCUGUUCGUUAAGCGCGACGUAUCAUUUGAUGACCGGGUGAUCUCGGCAGUGGUCGAGCUUCGUCGGCGGCUACCACGGUUCAUGGUACCUUUUACCUUCAUUCGUCUAUCGCAUGUCCCUCUCAGCAGAUCGGGUAAGAUCGAUCGCCAGGCACUUCGCCAUGCAGCCUCAGCUUUACCGCACUCUGCAUUCUCCCCUGGUUAUGAGACAACGUCACUACCAGAAGCAGAGGAAAGGGAGCUACAAGAUUCUUUUCGUGUGGAGAGACAGGCAUUACGCAAACAUAUUGGACGUAUAUUACAUCUUCACCCCUCCGAGGUCGACCUGAAGAAGAGCAUCUUUGGGCUCGGUGCUGAUUCGCUGGCUGUAAUGAAGUUAAUCAGCUACGUUCGUGAAGAAGGCUUCCAACUGACCUUCGAUAACGUUAUACGAGCUACCAGAAUUGUUGACCUGGCCUGCAUGAUGCCUAAGUGUUCGGAGAGUGUCGAUCCCAAAAUUGUCCCGCCGUUUUCUAUGGCCCCAGCAGCCAUAGAGCUGAAGCACAUUAUAGUCCAAGCAGCGCAAGCGUGCAAAGUCCCACCCACCCAAAUCGAAGACAUAUAUCCCACAUCCCCUUUCCAGACCUCUAUGCUUGUUGAGAUGGUAGGCCGGCCGGGAUCUUACAUAGACCAGUAUGUCUACAAACUGCCUGCAACGACCGACUUGAACCGUUUACAGCAAGCGGUUUCCGCAGUGUGGAAAUCUCAAUCAAUCUUACGAACCCGGCUGGUGCAGAUCGGACUGAAAUCUCUGCAGGUAGUGCUGCGAGAGGAUUCACUAUUGCCCCCCCUCGUCGACACGGCGUCUCUGAAAGCCUACCUGUGCGAGUUGUUGCAAUGUCCGAUGAACCCAGGUGGCCCCUUGGCUCGAGUUCACCUUGCCCGAACACCGGACAAUGGCAGUCGGCUCAUUUUGACCCUCCAUCACAGUGUAUAUGAUUGGUGGUCACUACGCAUUCUUGAAGAAGAAAUAGAGGCGGCAUAUCGGACAAUGGAGCCCCGACCGACCAGACUCUUCUCUUCGUUUGUUCACUAUUUGCUCAACCAAAACCAGGAAGCUUAUGAAAGCUUCUGGCGUGCCGAGUUUGAGCACCUAGAACUUGUUCCAUUUCCUGAGGCUCGCACUCCGCAUCGAGUUCCCAGCCCGCAGCAUGUGUUGAAGACUAGUGUCAGGAUCGGCACCCUGCCAGAACCAUUCGCAGGUCUCACUGUAACAACAUUAAUCCGCUUUGCGUGGGCAUUGACACUCGCUCAGUACACUUCGUGCACCGACGUUGUAUAUGGUCUUGUCGUUGCUGGCCGGGGAGCUCCAGUCUCGGGAAUAUUGGAGAUUAUUGGCCCUACGAUUCACAUCUUCCCGCUACGAGUCAAGAUCUGCCCAAAUCAAACGGCGCUGGAAGCGUUGCAGGGCCUUCAAAUGCGUGCGAGCACAUUGUUUCAAUUCGAGCACUACGGCUUGAGACGUAUCCGGGGCCUGGGGCACCACGCAUCCACGGCAAGUCGUUUCCAGAACUUGCUGGUUAUCCAGCCGACUGAGGAACGGGACCCAGACAAGUUGUUGUUGUUGGGGGAUCGAUGGCAGAACCCCUCCAUGGAAGAACAACGUAACAGUCACCCGCUGACUUUAAUUUGCGAAUCCAGAGGGGAUCAGAUUGGCGUUCGGGCCAUCUUUGAUGCCGAUAUAAUCGCUGAGCCCAUGGUGCAAAGGGUCCUGCAACAGCUAAAACACGUUCUCUGGCAAGUCAUUCAGAGACCAACUGGACUGAUCUCGCGACUCGAAUCGCUAAAUCCGCAUGAUGCUAUUGAUUUGAGUAAUUGGAAUAAGAUUCUACCGAAGAAGUCCCAGACGUGCAUCCAUACGCUCAUCUGCCAGCAGGGACUAGCGCAACCACGGUCUCCAGCAGUUUGUGCCUGGGAUGGUAGCAUGACGUACUCACAUCUUUGCGCAUUAGCGGCCAGUCUUGCUCAUCAGCUGAUUCAGCGAUGGGCGAUUCAGCCAGAAGAGCCGGUCGCCAUCUAUAUGGCAAAGUCUAAGUGGGUGCCAGUCUCCAUGCUUGCGGUGCUUCAGGCUGGAGGUGCGUUUAUACUCCUCGAUACCUCGCAACCAAUGCAAAAACUACGGUCUAUCUGCCAGGACGCAUCAGUCCGAAUUGUGCUGUCCUGUCGUUUGAAUCGGGAGCAAGCGUCCCAGUUAGAGGAGAAUUGUAUACUUGUGGACUCCUUUCCUGCGUGUCACGAUCAGGAUUGUAUUGAGCUCUCAGCCACCGAAGGUUGGAUGCCGCGUCUUCCCAUCUCCUCCAACGUGGCAUAUAUAGUCUUCACCUCCGGUACCACGGGAAAGGCCAAGGGGAUCCUCAUCGAGCAUGCCGCCUUCUGUACCAGUGUCCUGGCGCACGGUCCGAAGUUAGGAGUUGGGGUGAACUCACGUGUCUUUCAGUUCGCAUCGUAUGCUUUCGACGUGAGCAUCGCAGAUCAUCUGGCAACACUGAUGCUCGGCGGCUGCGUGUGUAUCCCGUCGGAAGCCGAGCGCCUCGGCGACUUUGCGGGUGCAGUGGCUCGAUAUACUGCAAACUAUGCGGACCUAACACCUUCUUUUGCCAGGCUUCUGCAACCAAGCAGCGUGCCUGGCUUGAAGACACUAACUCUUGGUGGCGAGGCUGUGACUGCCGAGGAUAUCCAGAGAUGGAAGGAUCACGUGAUGCUUAACUGCGUCUAUGGACCGGCUGAAUGUUCGGUAACAUGCACAGUGAAGCAUAUUCGGAGCGUGGAAGAUGCCGGAAACAUUGGGGCAGCGGUUGGCUGUCGGAUUUGGCUUGUCGCCCCGGACGAUCCCUGUAUGUUGGUCCCGAUAGGGGCAAUUGGCGAGAUCUUGAUUGAAGGGCAUAUCCUUGCCCGAGGGUAUCUGAACAAUCAGACACAGACUGGGGCCUCGUUCCUCUCACAUCUCCCUUGGCUAGAACAAUUGGGAGGUCCGUCUUACGGCCCCAUUUACAGGUCCGGGGAUUUGGCUCGAUACAACAACGAUGGUAGCCUGACGUUCAUCGCGAGGAAGGACACUCAGGUUAAGAUCCAUGGCCAACGGGUUGAGCUUUCUGAGGUCGCUUACCAUGUGCGUUCUUGCUUUCAUAGUGCAGAGGAUGCUGUGGCUGAUGUUCUCCCCUCUGGUUCUGGUCGACUACACCCUCUGCUUGUGGCCUUUAUUCGGCCCAACUUGCAAUCAGUGCCCGCAGCAUACGGCGAUCAGAAUACAGAUAUUAUCCUUCCCCCAACUGAAUCCUUCCUGGCGGAGGUAGUAGCUGCUGUGGAGCGCCUGAUGGCGUUUCUACCAUCUUACAUGAUCCCCGCAUUCUUCUUCCCCAUCAAUCGACUGCCUCUCUCCACUACGGGCAAAAUCAACCUGAAGCUACUCCAAGCGGCGGUGUCUCGGUUAUCUGACUCACAGCUCCACCGUUAUCAACCUAGCACCACGGGAGCAGACUCAGUACCGCUCCGGUCAGACGAGUCCAUCGCCUUGCGGAUUAAUCAACAGAUCCAGGAGCUUCUGCGUGGCCGGUCAGCUACCCUCGUGCAGAGAGUUAAGGGCAUGAAUGUACACUUAGCGCGUGUUGGGCUAACUUCCAUCGAGCUUGUCGUGCUAAGCACUUUUCUGAGGCAUGAUUUUGGCCUGUCUUUGUCCCUUCAGCAACUGUUGCACAGUGGGACGACGGUCCGGACUAUAGCCUCCAAAAUCCUCUCUGGUGGCAUGCAGAAAACCGAGAUGUUCCAUUUCCGAGACCUCCUGGCAGAGAUUGACCGCUUGAGGCCGCAGCUUUAUGGUCCCCCAUCUCGUAAGGCAGAAGCACCAGCACGCCGCAUCAAUAGGGUCUUCCUCACAGGAGGAAGUGGCUUUCUCGGAAUCGAGAUCCUUCAUCAGCUGUUGAUGAGGACGCAGGCUGUUGUGGUACACGUGCUCGUGCGUGCGAAGGACGAGGCCCACGCUAUGCAGCGCAUUGUCCAGGCUGCGCAGCGAGCGAAAUGGUGGCAGGAGAUCUAUCGGGUUCGUAUCGAAGCGUGGGUCGGCGACUUGGCCAUGCAACACCUAGGCCUGACUGAAUCGCAGUGGGAGGUUAUUCAAACGAGUGUGGACGUGAUUAUUCACAACGGAGCGGCAGUCUACUGGACUGCGGACUAUGCUGCAUUAGAGCCUGUUAAUAUUCUGAGCACCUUGCAAUUACUCAAUACCGUUAGGGCCGCUUCUGCUCCGCCGCCCACCUUCAUUUAUGUCUCCGGUGGGGAAGGGCAUAGUGGAUGGGAGGUGGAUGGUGACGAGGCGACAGCAUCGCAGCUUGCCAAGGGGCUUGCAUAUAGCCAGACUAAAUUUGUUUCAGAGCUUCUCAUCAGGGACGUCGCACGACAGCCGGAUUCCCAUGGCCAUUUUUCAAUUAUUAGGCCCGGGUAUAUCAUUGGAUCUACCUAUGCAGGAAUCUGCAACACCGAUGACUUCAUAUGGAGAGUUGUCUACACAAGCUUACAGAUUGGGGGUUUUAACGGUGAUGAGCAAGACUGUUGGAUUCCGCUCGCCGGGGUCGAUCAAGUUGCUUUCGCCGUCCUUGCCCCCUGCCUGACGGAGGGAAAGCAGACAGAGCAAAGCGGCCAGCCUAAAGUGGCCAACUUGGACGAUGGAGUGCUUGUCUCGAACUUCUGGGACACGGUCAGUCAAACCCUGGAGAUCAGUCUUGUUCCGAUGGGCAGGCAACGCUGGCUGGAUGCGGUUCAUACUGCGCUUGAGCGGGAUGGACCGAUGCACCCAUUGCAACCAGUACUUCACGAACUUGAAUCCAAUGGUGGCUGCCUGGGAGGGAAAAGACCACCAGGCUGGGAGGCACCCCGGGCCGGACGGGAACAGCUGGUGGUGGCGCUGCAGCAGAGCCUUCAUUUUCUGAAGCGGACGGGGUAUUUUACGCUGAGUGGAUCGACGAAGAUGACAUUAUCAACGGAAUCAGGUUUUACACGUUCUCGGGUUUGA